UGAAAGUGGGGCUUUCAGUAUACCGUCAUUGCAAGUGUUAUCCUUUCGAGAUUGUCAUUUCCAUUUUGAGAGUCUAUCACCGUCGGUGCAAAGUAGCUUGCUGUCAAUCUGCAUUAAUUUAGAAGUCCUUGAUCUCUGCGGAAAUUCUUUAGAUUCAAAAAAUUUGCCUAGGAUAAUAUCACAAUUGAAACAAUUAAGACAUCUUAAUUUGGAAGCCACAAGGCUUGGCUAUUUGCCCGACAACGUAUUGCCGGAACUACCAGUCAUUGAAACGCUAAUCAUGCGCAGGAAUCGAAUAUAUGGAUGGGACAGAGAUGUGUUUUCUCAUGUGACAUCUCUGCAAUUUCUAGAUCUACGCCAAAACUUAAUAAAGAUAGUAAACGAAUCAUCUUUUCCAAGUGCGUUACUUGCAAAUUUGAAAAAGAUAGAUUUAGCAACAAAUCAAUUUGCGUGUACUUGUGAACAAAUAUGGUUUUCCAGUUGGUUACGACAAACACAUAUUACGCUUUUAGAAUACCCAAAACGUUAUUAUUGUACUACACCAGAUAAUUUUAAUGGAAUUUUGUUAAAAGAUUACAAACCUUCCGUUUAUUCGUGCAACCCAAUAUUUUUUAUUGUGAUUUCAAUAUCUGCAUUAGUUUGCUUGUUAAUAUUGACAAUGAUAAUUUUUUUGAAAUGUAAUACAAAUGUUAAGAACUUUGUUUACCUUCUUAAAGUUAAACAGUUUAGACGACAGGGUUAUCUUCCCAUUUUGAAUAGCGAUGAUUAUGAAUAUUAUGCUUUUGUUGUUUAUUGUGAUGAAAAUCGAAUAUGGGUUCAUGACGUCUUCGUUAAAAAACUUGAAAAUGAGGAGGGAUUAAAGUUUUGUAUAUAUCACAGAGACUUUGAUGUAGGAGAAUCUAUCAGUGGAAACGUUGAUAAAUACCUUAAAAGGUCAUGGAAGAUUAUUGUUAUAAUAUCAAAUGCAUUUGCUAAAAGCGAAUGGUGUCAGUGGGAAGUGGAUAUAAUUCAGGAGAGAAGACGUCGACAAGGCAGAGAUGUACUUCUCUUAGUAAUGCUUGAAAAUAUCACAUCGAAAAACAUGACAAGUCCUCUGCGUACUUUACUAGACAGUACCCCGCAUCUGAGGUAUACAAAGGGAAUUGGUGAAAACUUAUUUUGGACUGCAGUAAUUGAAGAUCUUCGAAAAGCCGUUGGACAACCUCCGAUUUCUGAAUUAUAGAUAUAAGUUUUUAUUGAACUGUUGGUCAGUUUCAAUAUAUACCAAUGUAUGAGUAGUGUUGAUUUGUUUUCAAUUAAUGUUGCUAUUUGGGUUGUAUCCAAUUAGUGGAAACUUUAUAUUUUAUCAACAUUCAUAUAUCAUGUAUAUAAUUAUUGUCUGACCAUUACUUAUACA